GAGUGAGAGAGAACAGAAGACAGAAAGAAGAACAGAAACACAUAGAAAGUGUUUAAAGCGAGUGACAAAAACAGAGUGAGAUAGAAUGAUAAAACGAGAAAGAGAACGUGUGAGUGGGUGUGCGCGCGAAAGAAAUAGAUAGAUGGAUAUAGAGAGAAAAAGACAGAGAGUGAGAGAAAGAGAGAGAUAUACUAAAAGAAACUGGGAGUGAUAGGAAGAGAGUGAGGCAGUAUAGUUUGUCGCUAUCGUUGUUAGUGUUGCUGAUAAUAUUCAUUCAUUAUUUGUAUGUAGUCAGUGUUAUUGUUUAGAAGUGCCGCUACUAGUACUAGAAUUGUUGACUUGUGCAAUCCCCUUUAUAUAUAUAUAUAUAAUAUAUAAUAUAUAUAUCGACACGUUGUUUUUAAAAAAAAAAAUUGGUUUCUGUAUAUGUUUAUUUUAUGUUUAAUCAUAUCUAAAUUCCUGCUUUAAGUUGUUAUUUAACAAUUUUUUUCGUUCUUAAUUGUUUUAUUUUUUUUUCUCAUAUCCUUUUUUUAAAAUAACGAUAGUUGCGCCUUUCUCGUUCGUGUCGUCUGCUUAUUGAGUGACAAACGCUGGAAAAUACCCGAAAAAAAAAGUUACGUGGAGAAAACGAGAGAGGGAGAGAAAAAAAAAGAGAAAUAGGGGAAAUCACUGCAAAUAAUAAUAAUAUUAAUAAUAUUAAUAAUAAUAAUAAUAAUAAUAAAAACAAGAUAACACAGAACAAAAAAUAAUUUUGUGGCGCUUUUUAAAAAAAGAAAAUAGAUUUGUUCGCUUUUAGUUUGGUUUCAUAUUUGUUAUAUUCAUAUUUAUAUUUUGUGAUUUUAUUUCGUUGGCAACCUAAAGAUAUUCCGUGCCUCUGCUUAAUUAUAUUGCACAAGUAAAUAUACACAAAACAUCAACGACAACAACAAUAAUAAACAUAAAAAAAACAAGCAAACAAACAAACAGAUACACUCUUCUUUCGUCUAUAAGGAAGUCAACGACAACAACAAUAAUAAUAAUUUGACUAUUUUGAACGGUAUCACUACAAGAUAAAGAGCUUCAAGAGAUUUUCUGCAAAGAACAAAAUAAUACUCUCAGGAUUAUUCGACCAGCCCUUAAAAAAGAGAUAUAAAAAAUAAAAGCUUAACCAAUCUCUUUAAAUAAAAAUGAAACAAACACCGGUUCAUCUUCUUCUAAUCUUGUUCGUUUACGUUGAAGUUCAAUGCCAUAAACAUGUACGAAGACAAAAUAAAAUGUCUCGAGUUUUAGACAAAAUGUUGGAGGGUUAUGACAAGCGUUUGCGGCCAGGAUUCGGUGGACCGCCAAUUACUGUUCAUGGACACAUAUUGGUCAGGUCAAUGGGUCCAAUCUCAGAAAGAGACAUGGUAUAUUCGAUGGAUUGCUAUUAUCGACAGCUUUGGGAAGAUAAACGAUUGGCUUCCAACAUGAAUAGAGAGAACAUUUCUCUGAGCAUUAAAUUCCUUGAGAGAAUUUGGCAUCCAGACACUGUGUUCUUUAACGGUCGGAGGUCAUAUCUGCACACAAUAACGACGCCAAAUAAAUUUAUUCGUCUCAACAGAAAUGGUACGAUUCUGUUUUCCCAAAGAUUAACUGUCCGUGCAAGCUGUAAGAUGCAUCUGGAAAACUUCCCAAUGGAUACACAGCAAUGUCCACUUGAGUUAGGCAGCUUCGGCUAUUCAGCAGAUGAAGUGAUCUACAAGUGGCAUCCUGGACUAAAAGAACCUGUUGAAAUCGCAUCUCACAUGACCUUGAACCAAUUCGACCUGAUUGGUUAUCCUGCAAGCAACUUUACUAAACUAAUCAAAGACACUCCUCACACCAUUCUGGCUGUGAAGUUUUUCUUACGGAGACACACGGGAUUCUUCCUCAUCCAGGUUUAUAUCCCGUGUAUUCUGUUAGUAGUCCUUUCCUGGGUAUCAUUCUGGAUCAACCGAGAAGCGACGUCGGACCGCAUUGCACUGGGUACAACCACAGUUUUAACGAUGACAUUUCUUGGUCUGGAUAUCCGCACAGACCUACCAAAAGUAUCCUACGUCACAGCUCUUGAUUAUUAUGUGGCUGUCUGCUUUGGUUUCGUCAUUUCCACCAUAAUUCAGUUUGCAGUCGUACAUUAUUUCACGAAAUAUGGCACUGGCGAUAUGAAUAUGGUUUUUCAAACUUCUGACGACAGUGAUGAUAGUGGAGAGAUCGGGGAAAUAACUGGCCGUGGUCGAAGUAACGGUGAUCUUUGGGUAACUGACAAUGCUGCUUAUGCGAAUUCCCACCGAAGACCUUUGCGGUGUUUCUACAAAAUGUGGGACUGUGUCACCGGAACUCGAAACUACAGUGGCAGAAGUCACCCAAGAGGUAACCAACCAAUGAACAGUGUGAGCCAGGUGGACAGAGUAUUUAGAGUUGCCUUUCCCAUAACAUUUCUAAUUUUCAAUAUGGUCUAUUGGAUAGUUUAUUGGGUGUGAGUUGUAACAAACGCUUUAUUUCACCUGAUUAUUUUUAUAUUAUUUAUUAAUUGAUUUAUUUAUUAAUUAAUUCAUUCAUUCUUUACUCUUCUCCUCCUCCUCUAUUGGUUAGAUGGUGUACUCUUAAAUUUAUAAAGAUUACGAAUGAAAAUGUUCAGUGAAAUCGAGAAAUAUGGCUUGUGGACAAAACUUAAAAUAUAUCAUUUUUUUGUUUAAAUAUUCCUUGUCGAAAAGUAUCCACUCGAUUUCAUGAGGCGAUAUUUCCGCCCAGUAGAUUUUGAAUAAGUCUACAAGUUUUUGAGAUUUAAUAUUAAAAAGAAAAAAAAAAGAAACAUGCGUCUCAACUACACAGAAAUAAAACCGAAUAACAAUGGUUAUACACAAAAUAAAACCAGUCUGCUGAAAAUUCAGCAAAUGAAAAUGAAAAUGAAAUAAUAGAGAGAUUUUAUUUCGAAGAUUAAUAAUUAGAAUAAACACAAUCCGUUGCAAAUAUAGAAUAUAAUAUACGCUGCCUCAUAAAGCACAAACUAAUACAAACAUACAUACACGUAACAAGUAACAUAAUAUUUUGGUAUUAUAAACAAAUAAUUUCAGUCUUAAUCAAAUUUCCAUGAACAAGAAAUUAAAAUCUAUUUUUAAACUGCGAAGUGAGAAAUCAACAAUAACUGAUGUAUUACAUAAUAUCAGUUAAACUUUUUUUCUUUCUGUUCCUCUAGUGUAUAUAUGCUAACGUAUGCUUCGGUAUGCUUUCAAAUUUGAUAUGUCUAGUUUUACCCGGUUAUGUCCUCUUUUUAUGGACAGUACCUUUUUUUAAAAAAAAAACAACAGAAUUUUAAAAUAUCCAUGAUCAAUCUCAUGUAUUUGUUGAGCAUUCAUUUAUAAAAAGAAAAAUAAUGGACGCCAUUUUUACUUAACCUGCCUUGUCUGCUAUUUUAAAUGUUAAAAAAAA